GGUGUUAGCUGGCCACAGCGACUCCAUCUCAAGUGUAAUCGGGCCUUAAGGAUUCUCCGAUAUAUGUUCACGACGGCGUCCAUGCUUAGUGGAUACGAUUGAGCUUCGGCCGUUGCGACAUUUAUUGACGUAUUUGCUUUCUUGAAAGACGUUGGGGAUUCGUAGACUUCCGGUUAAUACCUCUUCCGGUGGCUGAACAUUACGCGCGGGAAAGAGCUCGGAAGUAGUGGAGAACCUGGAGUAAGGUUGAGUGCGCAGAAAUAUAGAAGCAGCUGAAGAGUGUCUUAAGAGCUCUUGCCAGAUUCUCUAUUUCUCGGAGGAUAUCCAUCCAGCAACAGACUACGAUCACAUUCUAUCAACAGCUUCCGAUCCUAUACCACAUCGUUGGCACUAUCCAAGAAGUGAAAGGAGGCACAAGCACAACGUCCAGAAUGGCGGAAAACACAAGGAUAGCCAUUGUUGGAGCAGGCAUGGGUGGUCUUGCAGCAGCACUCUCACUUGCGAAAGCAGGCCACAAGAACAUCACAAUAUAUGAGAAUGCAACAAACAUGGGGUUUGUGGGCGCUGGUAUCCAACUUGCACCCAAUAUGGCUCGUAUCCUGGACAAGUUAGGUUGCUGGGGACCAAUCCGCGACGAGGCAGUCCAAUGCGCAAACACAUCCAUCCGGGAAGGCACAACAGACAAAGAGCUAGGGUACGUAGAUCUGGGAUACGUCCGGGAAAAGUACGGAUAUCCACACAUGGUUGGUCAUCGAGCUAGUUUGGCGAACGGUUUGUACGAGGGUUGCAAAAAAGAGAGUGGUAUCACGUUCAGAUUGGGUUGCAACAUAUCCAACGUGCGUUUUGGCGCAAGACCAAAGUUCACUAUUUCGCCAUCCUCAGGUCAAGGGGAAUCAACAGAAGCCGAAUGCGAUGUUCUUCUCGGCGCUGAUGGUGUAAAAAGCUCUACACGCGUCGCUAUGCUCAAGGAACUUGGUCACACCGGCGCUGCUCGCGAUUCGGGUCAGGCUGCCUAUCGAAUCAUGUUGAACCGCGACCAAAUGGAGAAUGACCCCGAGUUACUCAAGUUGAUCGAAUCCGAUACCGUGACACGCUGGAUCGGUGAGAGGAAGCAUAUCAUCGCUUACCCGAUCCACAAUAAGCAAAUAUACAACAUCUCCACCGCACAGCCCGAUAUCAGCUUUGCCGGCGCACCGGACGCUCAAUAUACAACCAAGGGCAGCAAGAAGGCCAUGUUGGAAGUUUACAGCGAUUUCUGUCCCAUGAUACAUCGCAUGUUGAAUCUAGUGCCAGAAGGUGAAGUCGUCGAGUGGAAGCUAAGGGUCCAUGACCCAUUGAUCACCUGGGUGCAUGGUACAGCCGCGUUGGUUGGUGAUGCUUGCCAUCCUACGCUUCCGCACAUGGCACAAGGUGCUGCUCAGGCGAUCGAAGACGGUGCUGUACUGGGUGUUGUGCUGUCUCCUAAGCGGAUCGCCGACGGGAAGCCACAGACCAUCGAGCACGCACUGCGACUAUAUGAGAAGCUGAGGAAACCAAGGGCGGAGGCACUCGUCGAGCUUGCAGCGGAAAACGGAAGAGAAAUGCACCUCGGAGCGGGUAAGGCCAAAGAGGAACGUGACAAGAUCUUCGCAGCGAUGAAGGCAGGUUCAGGGAAGGUGCCGGACAGGUGGGCUGAUGCGGAUAUACAAGCGCGGGUGUAUGGCGUCGAUGUCGUAGCAGAGGCGGAAGAGCUGUGCCAGAAGGAAGGACUGGAAGCGAAGUUAUGAGCUAGUCAUCACGGAUUCGUAUUUUAGCGCAAUGGUUCCGGUUUUUGCAUGCAAGAACCAGAAGCAUUACAGAACUACCAGUUUCAAC